GGGGACCCGGGCAUCGUGGUGGCUCUGCUCGCUGCCUUCCUCCUAACCCGCUCCUCGUUGGUCUGCUUCCCUCCUUCUCUGCUUUUCCUCGACGUGGAGCGCCGCGGAAGCAGCUGGCAGGCGGAGCCCAGUCGCUCUUUUGCCCGGAGCGCUUUCGUGUGCCGUCCGAGCAGCAGCCAUGGCCGCCGCAGCCGGGAUCCUGGCCGGGACCGUCAGAGUGGAACUGCAAGAGCGCCUGGCUUCUCUAAUGCAGCAGAGGGAAGUGGCGAAAGCAGAUGAGAAGAAAAUCAAGGAGCUGCUGAAACGGAUCGAAGCAGAGAAGCAGAAAAUCAUCCAGGAAUGGAAACAGCUCUGGGAGUUUCUUAAAGAGCAAGAGCAGCUUCUGCUGAGUUGGCUGGAGAUGCUGGGCUGGAAGAUUGCACAGAAAAGGGAGGAGAGCCUCUCCAAGCUCUGCCUGGAGAUUACCCUGCUUGAGGAUUUGCUCGGCAGAAAGGGAGCGGAGAAAGAGGAGCCAAAUCGUCUCUGGCAGGGCUUCAGAAGCACAGGGAACAGUAUGGAAGAUGGCGCAUCACCAAAAGCGGAACUCGACUUGGAGGAGCUCGGACAGAGAGUCAACUGUUUCUCUGAGAAAAAGGACACCCUGCAGGAAGUGAUGCUGCGGUUCAAAGAGACUUUACGGAUGAAGCUGGAGGGUGACACAGGCUUCAGAAUAAUAUCCACCUUUCAGUCCAGAGCAACGCCUCCUCGCGGCAAUCAGCCAGUGGAGAUUCUCAGAGGAGGUUUACGUGCAGCCGAAGGAACUCAGGGUCUUCUGGUCUUGGAUCAGGUACCUGAACACCAUAGCAUCGAACGGUGGACUUCCAAGGAACCCAGGAAGGGACCGUUGAUCAGAGGCCUAGAGGAACACAAGGAAGUAGGGAACGGAAUGCAAAGCGAGGACGAGAUCAAGGUCUUUCAGCAGGAGGAGCAGACACAAAGGGAGCAGAACGUGACUGCUCCAGGCGAAUGCCACAGGGUCGUUCUGAAGAAUGUCAAAAGCGAAGAGCCAAUCGGAACUGAGUGCAGGUUUGGGAAUAACCUGCCGGGAUUCCAAGGCCAUCCAAGCCACCAGGAAACCGGAGGACUCCAAGCCCUGCUGGAGAAGAAGCCCCACGAGUGCCCGGCCUGCGAGAAAAGCUUUCGCCGCUUUUCCACUCUUGUUACCCACCAGCGCAUCCACACCGGGGAGAGGCCUUACGAGUGCCGCCAGUGCGGGAAGAGCUUCAGCCAGAGCUCCAACCUUUUCCGGCACCAGAAAAUCCACACGGGCGAGAGGCUGCACAGCUGCCCCGAGUGCGGGAAGCGCUUCUGCUUCGCCUCGGACGUUGCCAAACACCAGAAAGUCCACCGGGCGGGGAGAUCCCUGACGUGCCCCGUGUGCGGGAAAGGUUUCAGAGGCUGCACGGCCCUCGCCCGUCACCAGCGUACUCACUCGAGCGCCAGGCCCUAUGAGUGCCCCGACUGCGGCAAAGGGUUCCGGUUUAAUUGCUUCCUCCUGGCUCACCGGAGGACGCACACCGGGGAGAAGCCGCACAGGUGUGCCUCGUGCGGGAAAAGCUUCAGCUCGCACUCGGCCCUCUUUGCUCACCGCCGAGUCCAUACGGAUGAGAAGCCCUUUAAGUGUCCGGAUUGCGGGAAGGGCUUUGGCCAGAAUUCAACCCUCAAGACGCACCGGAGAGUUCAUACAAACGAGAAGCCCUACCGGUGCUCAGACUGCGGGAAAGGCUUCAGCCAGCACUCCACCCUUCUGAAACACCGGAUAAUCCACACCGGGCAUAAGCCUUACCCGUGUGCCGAAUGUGGCAAGAGCUUCAAUCGCAGCUCCGCCCUUUUGGCCCACAAAAGGAUCCAUACAGGGGAGAAGCCGUUUGAAUGCCCUGACUGUGGGAAAAGCUUCACUCAAAACGGCCAUCUGAUUCGACACUGGACGGUCCACACCAAAGAUGCAGGAGCCCACUAAGCUAAGGCUGUGCAGAGACCAGAAAUGAACCCAGUUCAAUAAUAAUAAUAAUAAUAAUAAUAAUAAUAAUAAUAAUAAUAAUAAUAAUAAUAAUAAUAAUACUUGUAUUAUUUGUACCCCAGCCAUCUGAUUGUGUUGCCCCAGCCGCUCUGGGCGGCUUCCAACAUGUAUAAAAGCAUAAUAAAACAUCAAACAUUGAAAACUUCCCUUCAC